AUGACCAUCAGGGCUGCCAAGUUUACGCCAGAGGUGCUUCUCAGCGCGCCUCGCCGGUCUGAAGGUGUUCCAAACUCGGAUGCUUCCAAAGUGCUGUACAGCGUAUCGACGUACAGCUUCGCAGAUCAUACCAAGAAGUCUGAAAUUCGCAUCCUGGAUGUAGCGAGUCAGCAGACCAGUCUGGUUACGGAUGACAAGUCUGCGAGUGAGCCGACCUGGCUUGACGAUGAGACUGUGCUGUUGCUGAAGUCGGGUGAUGGGGGAUCAACGGAUGUGGUGGUGGGGAAGGCGGAUAGCUUUGAGAACAGUAAAUACACAGCUGGUACUAUCGAAGGCCCAGUGGGCGACCUCAAGGUUCAUGCUAUUGACGAUGGAGAGUUUGCCUUUGCUGUUUCUGGCAAAGCGAAGCCAGACGGAUCUCUUUUCAAUCCUGAGAAGGCGGAGAAGCCUAUUACAUCAGGCAGGCUCUACGACGCUGUAUUUGUCAGGCACUGGGAUCACUAUGUGACUGAGAACCGCAACGCUAUCUGGCUAGCCAAGCUGUGCAAGAAGGACGACAAAUUUCAACUCUCCAAGCUGAAGAACGCGCUCAAGGGUUCAAAACUCGAAAGUCCAAUUGAUCCUUUCGGCGGCAAAGACCACUUCGACAUCUCUGCAAACGGCCUCGUGUUUACGGCGAAAGACCCCGAUCUCAGCCCUGCUUUCCACACGAAGACAAACAUCUACAUCUCAGCUUCCGACAAGUUCUGGGACAGCGUGCACACGGAAAGCCCUCCAGAAAUCAAAAAGGUGUCGAACGAUGGCUUCGAAGGCGCCAGCACUAGUCCAGUCUGGUCAAACUCUGGCAAGAUGAUUGCCUUUUUGUCCAUGAAGACGGACGGCUACGAAUCAGACAAGAACCAAGUGUUUAUUAUUCACGACUUCCGCGAUCCAUCAAAGCCGACUAAUGUCUUCGCUUCAGAUGACGGUAAAGGGAAAUGGGACAGGAGCCCGCAGUCCAUCUCCUGGAGCCCAGACGACUGGCAUCUCUACUUCACAGCAGAAGAUCACGGCCGCAUGAGCCUCUUUCAUGCCGGGCCUCCCAGUCCCAAGAACCCCGAAUCCAAGUUGCCAUCGGUAGUCGUGGAAGGCAACGGGUCAAUCACGGCUGCUCAAGUGCUCAAGAGUGGGGAUAUCUUCCUGACGUCCACCAGCUUGAUUGAGAACAGUCUGUACUCGAUUGUUCCAAUCAGCGCUCGAUCUGACCACACGGAUGUCUACUCCCUCCCCGUAGACGACAGUCCGUUUGAUGUCAACCCGACUAGUCUGACGACCAAGUCUGUUUCCUCAAAUACUCGCCACGGAUCGAUGUUCGGUCUUUCCCGUCGACAGGUUGGUGAGAUUCACUGGCCUGGCGCAGCACCCGAUACCUCGGUGCAUGCUUGGGUCAUGAAACCAAGCAACUUCUCUUCUGACAAGACCUAUCCACUUGCAUACGUGAUUCAUGGUGGCCCACAAGGUGCAUGGGAAGACAGCUGGAGUACGCGCUGGAACCCAGCCGUAUUCGCCGAGCAAGGCUACGUCGUCAUCUGCCCCAACCCAACAGGCAGCACCAGCUACGGCCAAGACUUCACAGACGCCAUCCAAGGCCAAUGGGGUGGUCUACCCUACGAAGACCUCGUGCUGGGCUUCGACUAUAUCAAGAAGAACCUAAGCUACGUCGACAUCGACCGAUCUGUUGCCCUCGGUGCGUCAUACGGAGGGUACAUGAUGAACUGGAUCCAAGGCCACCCUCUAGGCCGCGAGUUCAAAGCGCUGGUCACCCACGAUGGCGUCUUCUCAAUGAGUGGCCAGCUGGCCUCUGAGGAACUCUACUUCCCGUUCCACGACCUGAAGGGCCCGCUGUGGAAGAACCCCGAGGCGUGGGCGAAGUGGGAUCCGUCGAAGUUUACUGAGAACUGGGCGACGCCGCAUCUCAUUAUUCACAAUGAGUUGGACUAUAGGCUGACGAUUAGUGAGGGGUUGGCGGCGUUCCAUACACUGCAGGCGAGGGGUGUACCGAGUCAGUUCCUCACGUUCAACGACGAGAACCAUUGGGUACUUAAACCAGCGAACAGCCUUAUGUGGCAUGAGGUUGUGCUGGAUUGGAUCAAUGAACAUGUGGGGUUGGAGAAGUACUCUGAGUCGAGGAAGGCGUUGAAGGCGGAGUAG